CUGACAGCGGCUUUAAUCCGGGUACCUGCACUCCGAGAAAUAUUCAGACUGAAACCUUGCCUCUUCCUGGUUCUUGAACCUGCUUGCCUUCCGAGUGGAACUACAUCAUCAGAUCUGGGACUCCAGGUUGCCUGCUCACCCUGCAGAUCUUGGGACCUGUUGGCAUCCGUAAUCACAUGAGCCAAUUCUGUAUAAUAAACAUCUUUCAGUCUCUGGGCUGUUCAGUCUGCUCAGGCUGCAGGAGCCAAUUAGGAAGAUGCCUUCCUUGACUCUCGUCUGUCCUCUCCUGCAGCUAAAGCCAAAAGAAAAGAGGGUAGUGAUAUGCAGUACGUUACUCUCUCAUGAUGCCGGGCAGCCGCAGCUCCCAGACAGCCAUGUGAUCACUACUGUAUUACAAGUGGAUAAAUAAUGUGCACUGCUCUGAGCCCAAAGGUACGCAGUGGACCUGGCCUCUCUGAUAUGCAUCAGUAUAGCCAGUGGCUGGCCAGCAGACAUGAAGCUAAUUUGCUACCGAUGAAAGAAGAUCUGGCCUUGUGGUUAACCAAUCUGUUAGGGAAGGAGAUUACGGCAGAAACUUUUAUGGAGAAAUUGGAUAAUGGUGCCUUGCUCUGUCAACUUGUAGAAACUGUGCAGGAGAAAUUCAAAGAGAGCAUGGAUGCUAACAAGCCCGCCAAGAAGCUGCCCUUAAAGAAGAUUCCAUGCAAGGCCAGUGCACCCUCAGGAUCCUUUUUUGCCAGAGACAAUACAGCAAACUUCUUAUCCUGGUGCCGAGAUUUAGGGGUAGAUGAAACAUGUCUGUUUGAAUCGGAAGGUUUGGUCCUCCACAAGCAACCCAGAGAAGUGUGUCUCUGUUUGCUGGAGCUUGGCCGGAUUGCAGCCAGGUAUGGUGUGGAGCCUCCUGGUUUGAUAAAGUUGGAAAAAGAAAUUGAACAAGAAGAAACACUCUCUGCCCCUUCUCCUUCACCUUCGCCUUCAUCAAAGUCUUCUGGAAAAAAGAGUACGGGAAACUUACUGGAUGAUGCAGUGAAACGGAUUUCUGAAGAUCCUCCUUGCAAAUGCCCGAGCAAGUUCUGUGUGGAGAGGCUCUCACAAGGCAGAUACCGAGUGGGAGAGAAGAUCCUCUUCAUUAGGAUGCUGCACAACAAGCAUGUCAUGGUCCGUGUGGGAGGAGGUUGGGAAACUUUUGCAGGCUAUUUGUUGAAACACGACCCCUGCCGGAUGCUGCAGAUCUCCCGUGUGGAUGGCAAGACAUCCCCCAUCCAGAGCAAAUCUCCAACCCUCAAGGACAUGAAUCCAGAUAAUUACCUGGUGGUCUCUGCCAAUUAUAAGGGAAAGAAGGAAAUUAAAUGAAACUAGUUGGUCACUACAAGGGGACUCUCAUAAUGGCCUGUAUCCACAUCUCCAGUAGUCAGUUUAGUUCACAUGCUCUGAAAAUUACUUUGGAAAAAGACAUAACAGAUAGAAAGACGUCAUCAUGUUGAAACAUGCUCAAAGAGUAGCACUAUUUAUUUUAAACGCUUCUGUAGAAAAUGACCUAUUAAAAAAUUAUCAACUCAGAUUUAAAUUAGACAAAUUGUAGGCAAAUCAUUGUUUCUCGAUAUGUGAACAUGGUAUUUAGAACACAAUACUAGCAAUACAAUUCUAGCUAAAGAUAAAAAUUAUUAGAAGAAAAUAGGAUUUACAGUUAAGUCAACAGAAAGUGCCUGCCUAAUGUGUACAGAAUAACAACACCCCAGACAUUUUUUAUAAUUGCAGGAUUUUUAAGCUGAUUUUUUAAAAAUGACAAUUAGUGUGAUGAUGUGCUACUAAAAAUAUCCAACAGCACUAUAAAUUAAAGUACAGUGUAUCUACGACAGUAAUACGUUACUGGAAAGGCCACUUCAGAAAAGUUUACAUUCACUUGGAAGAAUGCCUUAAAGUUUAUCCCUUAUCUCUGAACAGACACCUGGGGCACUUUUGGAAGUUUUCACUGCACCCCUUAGAGAAUGGCUUAUGAGUUGUUUACACACUCCUAGACACGUGGCUGUGUUGAGACUGAGUGUAAUUCACACACAUAAGCUGACAUACGUUUAUAUUUUGAAAGAGUAAAUUGUACAGUCAAAUGUCCAUUGACUUCAUGUUAUUUCAAAGCAUUUUCUUAUUAUAUCUUUAGUUAAUCCAACUUUGCUGUGCUGUCUAGUAAAGUAAUUUCACUGUAGCUAAUAAUGUUACAGACUUAUGUAUACCCUUGUAUACCUAGGACAGGGCUGUUUUGUACCCAUGAACAGCAAAAUAUUGUCCUCACUGAUUGAAGAAUUAAAAAGAUGUUAAAAAAUUUUACCUGUCUCUAUAUCAAUGCUUCAUUCUGAAAUAAAGAUCAUAUUCAAAUGGCAACGUCCCCUGGGAGUUAAAGGAAGAGUCAAAUUAUGGUUACCUAGCACUUCUUCACUUUGGAUAGCUGAGUGGUGCUGGUGUUUGUUUUCCUUAGCAGAGAGUCUAGGUUUUAUCAUAAACAGUACUUUAAGGGCUGCCCUGAAAU